GCGGCAGCGGAAGACGGUGAAAAACAUGAGAAAUCGCCAUCCUGCGGUGUAAAAAUAUUCCUCCCGAUUUCUUCGGAAGAGAGAGAAAGACGGGGAGUGCAACGAGUGAGAGCGAACGAACGAGGUCGUUAAAAAGGGGCCGAAACGAGCAUGAACAAUGGCCUCUCGUCAAAUCUCAUGGCGCCAACCCUCAAGCCGCCUUCUUCCAUUAAUCCAAACCCUAACGUUCUUUCGCUUCCCACCCUCUCCCAUCUCCGCCACUUGGCCGCUUCUUUUGCCAAUUAACCCCCAAAUUCUUCUCCGAGGGGUGUUCUCUGAAUUAGGGUUAGGUUUUUUUAUUUUCUUCAGCUGUUCUGUUACGGGACUUGCGGCUGCGCGAGUAGGAGAAGAUGGAUGGGACGGCGGGAGGCGGCGACGUGGAGCUGAUGUGCAAGACGCUGCAGUUCGAGCAUAAGCUCUUCUAUUUCGAUCUGAAAGAGAAUCCCCGUGGUCGGUACCUCAAGAUCUCAGAGAAGACCGCGGCGACGAGAUCAACGAUCAUUGUCCCUCUCAACGGUAUUGUAUGGUUCCUCGAUCUCUUCAACUACUACGUCAACACGGAUGAGCGCGACAUGUUCAGCAAGGAGCUCAAACUCGACACCAAGGUGUUUUACUUCGACGUUGGUGAGAAUAAGAGGGGCCGCUUUUUGAAGGUUUCAGAAGCAUCAGUUAAUCGAAAUCGUAGUACAAUUAUUGUACCAGCUGGAAGCUCUGGUGAGGAGGGAUGGGCAGCAUUCAGGAAUAUUUUACUGGAGAUCAAUGAAGAAGCAUCACGAUUCUUCGUAGCUAAUCAGCAAAAUGUGGAAUCUUCAGAGCACCUACCAGGACUUUCAGAUGAUGUGGGAGCUGGAUUCAUAUCUGGUUCAGGUCACAGUAGUCUCCCAGUUCCUGUAUCCGAAUUGAGUCUUGAUGGUCUCGUUGAUCAGCUCCCUCCACAAGAUGACGGAGGGAGCAUAGGACUCUCCAAAGUCAUUCGAGCAGAUCAAAAGAGGUUCUUCUUUGAUUUGGGAAGCAACAACAGGGGCCAUUUCUUGAGGAUAUCAGAGGUAGCUGGCCCAGAUCGCUCAUCUAUCAUCUUACCCUUGUCUGGUCUGAAGAUGUUCCACGAAAUGAUUGGUCAUUUUGUGGAAAUAACCAAGGACAGGCUAGAAGCUAUUUCAGGCACAAAUGUGAGGACUUUGGAGCCCUCUCAGAGAUGAUGAAGUUUUAUUGCUGGUUUCAGAAGGCCAGACGGUAUUCUUUAGGUUAUCUGCUGUUCUUAGCGCCCCCGCCCGCUUAAAUUUGUUUUCUUGUAAGGGCUGAUUUGUUGAUGAUAAAUAAUGUGGCUUUUCUUUAUCUGCGUUGCUUGGCGAGCAGCGAGGUGUAUAGUUUUGUGUCCAUGUUGAGGAACGACGUUUAUGCGUGCUUUCAGUGGAGUGUUGAUGCCUGCAAUGCAAUUGGAAGAUUUUUUAAUUUAUUCA